GGUACCAGGGCUGGGACUUGAAGCACAGAAGAGGCACACAACAGCAUCCAAGCCUCAGAAGAGCACAGGCCUUGCAGUGGCGCCAUCCUGGGCUCAGCGCCAGGUGCUGCCAUUCAGCCCACCCCCUGCUUCCUCGGCCAGCGAAGUUGGGGAGGACAGUCCGUCCUCCCAAGGGACUCUAAAGAUCGCCUCAUACAGAAAGGACUGCAGAGCUCCAUGGAGCACUGGGAUGGCAGAAAUUCAGCGAGGAUGGCCCUGAACUGAUGUCCCUGAAGAGCUGUGAGGGUGAGUCCAGGGCCUCAUUCCCUCCUAGCCUGCUGGAGGAGGAGGAUCCAGGGCCCUGGGCCCAGCGACCACAGAACACCAGUUCAACUGACCAGGAGCUGCUCAGCUCCCUCGGCCUCUCCUGUAAGGCCCUGGUGGCCUCAGGGUGCUUGCCUUUCUUCCGCACCUGUCAGUGGCUCCCGGCCCUGCAGCCUGAGGUUUGCGCGGACCAAGGAGGUCAGACGGCCAGGCAGGAACCACUGGAGGAUGCGGCACCGCCCAGCGGCUUCUUCCCUUACUAUCGCUCCGAGGAAGACACUCUCCCCAGCCUGGUCCUUCCCAGCCAGCAGCACUGGGGCUCCCAGGACGCUCUCUCCGGUGGGGAGACACAGGAGGACUGCUUCUGCGAGACCCCCGUCAGGGAUGGAUACCCUGCUCCGACUUCAUCUCCAGGUCCUCACACUUACUGGCCUGCUGCCCCGUGCUACUGGUCUCAGCAGGGAGCUCCCUUGAUGGUGCUCUGGAUGCUCCUGUCUCCGGGACCCAAGGCCUUUGUGCCUCAGGAUUUGUGCCUUACUACAGAAGCGCCGAGGAGGAGCUGCGCACUGACCCAGGGCCUCCCGCCUCCGUGCCUGGGAGAGACUAGGAGCUGCUGGGGGCUGCGCACUGGCACCCAGCUCUCAGCAAAGGCGGAAGGUGGCUGGAGCUCAAAAAACUGCCCAACAAGGAACGAGCCGCCGCAGCUGAAGUGGUUCUGCCGUGGAAUGACUGCCUGGUCCAGCACUCCAGCCUAGACUGUUCCUCCCGUAGUCUGCCCUAAGCUGGGAGCCGGAAGAGCAGGGACUAGCCCGAGCAACGGAGGAGCACAGGUGCCAGGAGUUCGGUUUUCUAAAUAAACCAUAUCACUAUCACUACA